UGGCGCUGGGCGCGCGCGCCCCCGCCCUUCCUCCUCGUCUUCGCCCCCGCCCCCCCGCGCUCCUGCCAUUAAAAGGCGUAGCUCUGGCCGGCGUCCCGGAAAGCCCUUCGUUCGCUCCCCGUUAACCUGUGAGCCGCGAACAGGGAGAAGGCGAGCGCGCUAGCUAGGCAACCUCGGCUCAAGUGCCCGUUCCCUCCCUCCGGGCCCCACCGCCUCAUCUCCCUGCCGCCGCCGCCGCCGUCAUGUUCCGGUACCUCGGGGAAGCGCUGCAGCUGUCCCGGGUCGGGGCCUCGGCCGCCGCCGCUGCCGCCGCCAGCGACCCUGCCGCCUCCGCCCUGCUGCUACGGGCCCGGGGCCAGCCAGCGGCCGCGCCACCCGCCCCUCGACGCCACUACAGCGAGGCGGCCGGGACCGGGGAUGACGAUCCCAACUUCUUCAACAUGGUGGAGGGCUUCUUCGAUCGCGGCUCGAAAAUCGUGGAGGACAAACUGGUGGAGGACCUGAAGACGCGAGAUACGGAGGAACAGAAGCGCAACCGGGUGCGCGGCAUCUUGCGCAUCAUCAAGCCCUGCAACCAUGUGCUGAGCGUCACCUUCCCCAUCAAGAGGGACAACGGCGCCUGGGAGGUGAUUGAGGGCUACCGGGCUCAGCACAGCCAGCAUCGCACACCCUGCAAGGGCGGUAUCCGUUACAGUACAGAUGUUAGUGUGGAUGAAGUAAAAGCCUUGGCAUCUCUGAUGACUUAUAAAUGUGCUGUGGUUGAUGUGCCAUUUGGAGGAGCCAAAGCUGGUGUUAAAAUCAAUCCCAGGCACUAUUCAGAUAAUGAGUUAGAAAAGAUCACAAGAAGGUUUACCAUGGAACUGGCGAAAAAGGGCUUUAUUGGACCUGGUGUUGAUGUUCCUGCUCCUGACAUGAGCACAGGUGAAAGAGAGAUGUCCUGGAUUGCAGAUACUUAUGCCAGUACCAUAGGACAUUAUGAUAUUAACGCACAUGCGUGUGUCACUGGUAAACCUAUCAGUCAAGGUGGUAUCCAUGGGCGUAUCUCUGCCACUGGUCGUGGUGUCUUCCAUGGAAUUGAAAAUUUCAUCAAUGAAGCUUCUUAUAUGAGCCUUUUGGGAAUGACUCCAGGAUUUGGAGAUAAAACAUUUGUUGUUCAGGGAUUUGGUAAUGUAGGCCUUCAUUCAAUGAGAUACCUACAUCGUUUUGGUGCUAAGUGUGUUGGUGUUGGAGAACUUGAUGGCAGCAUAUGGAAUCAAGAUGGUAUUGACCCGAAGGAACUGGAGGAUUAUAAAUUGCAACAUGGAACAAUUGUUGGCUUCCCCAAGGCAAAGCCCUAUGAAGGAAGCAUUUUGGAAGCAGAGUGUGACAUACUUAUCCCUGCUGCCAGUGAGAAGCAGUUGACUAAAUCCAAUGCAUCCAAAAUCAAAGCAAAGAUCAUUGCUGAAGGUGCCAACGGACCCACAACCCCAGAGGCUGACAAAAUUUUCCUGGAGAGGAAUAUCCUGGUUGUACCUGAUCUCUUCUUGAAUGCUGGAGGUGUGACGGUGUCUUACUUUGAAUGGCUGAAAAAUCUCAACCAUGUCAGCUAUGGCCGCCUGACAUUCAAAUAUGAAAGGGAUUCUAACUACCACCUGCUCAUGUCUGUUCAAGAAAGUUUAGAAAGAAAGUUUGGCAAGCAUGGUGGAGCUAUUCCAGUUGUACCCACAGCAGAAUUCCAGGACAGGAUAUCGGGAGCAUCUGAGAAGGACAUUGUACACUCCGGCUUAGCAUAUACUAUGGAACGUUCUGCCCGGCAAAUUAUGCGCACUGCCAUGAAGUAUAACCUGGGGCUGGACUUGAGAACUGCCGCUUAUGUCAAUGCAAUCGAGAAAAUCUUCAAAGUGUAUAAUGAAGCUGGUUUGACCAUCACAUAAGCGAGCCAGCCUGGCCGGCUCUGUGGCUUUCUCUCUUCACCCACCUCUUGUUCUACACCCUCUUCCAGCCUAUCACAAGUUUACAUGUAACCACAGAAAUACCUUUUCCCUCAUGAUUUAUUGUAGUAGACACUUCCCAACCAGUUUCAGUCCAAAUUAGUCUUUAAUUUCUUUAAAAAAAAAAAAAAAAAAAACCUCACACUAGGUAUGUGCAGACUCACAGGUCUAACGAUAACUAGUUUGCUCAGUUGAGGGCCAUCUGGUGUAUUUUGCUGCUUAGUAAAAUGCCUUCUCCAUAUGGGCCUCCAGCCUCACUCCUGGGGCUGCCUCCCCACCUCAGGAGUGGCUUCCGGCAGCAGGUGAGCACUUAGCUCGUUUGCUCUACUUGCUCAUUGCAGUUUUGGUGAAUGCUAUAAUCUGCUUGAGACUUUCCAGAGGGCCUUAUCAUGACUAGCAUUAAGAAUGGCUGUCCUGCAGGGAGUUAGAGUUGUUACUUUACAUCAGCAAAAUAAUACCUCCAUUUGACUUGUUGCAGAAUUAGAGGCUGUUUCUCCUUAGUCAACGUUUUCUUCCCUUUUUAUGGAAAAAACUAUGCUGCUGUAAUAGACUUGCCUUUAAUCAUUUAUCAAACUUAACCUUGACUCAAGCAGUGAGAUGCCUAUAAAUGUGGAUGAAAGAAGCUAGUAUUUUUAUAACCUGAAAAGAACAGUAUCAUUUAUAGUUUAUCAACUAUGUACAGUUAUCCAACAGAAAUUAAAAUCCAGUUCAUAAUAGUCAAAUUCUCCUCUUUAUAACUUGACCAGUGACUGGGGCUUGUUUUUCUUUUAACAUUUAAAAAUAUUCUCAACUUUGCUAAAUAUAAUGCUGACAUAGUCCAACGAAUUUAGUAACCUCUUAAUCAUAAUAAAAAUUGGGUGGGGUUUUUUGGUUUUGCUUUGAGAUAUGAUCAGAUUAUUAGGUAUUGUGCUGCUUCAUUGAAAAAUGAAUCAGAAUAUGAAGUCUAACCAGUAACAGCUCUGGCCCUGUCAUUUGGACCCUAGCUGGCGGCUAUAAAUAUUGGUCAAUGACUUGGUCUCUGGAAGUCUUUGUAUUUUCUCUUUAUUUAGAGACCUCACAUUCUGAAUAUAAUCAAGCCUAACAAAGUGGCCCUUGACACAAAAUUGGAUCAAAUCUGGUGGUUUUGUUUUAUUUUGGACAAGUUUACUUCUUUGGGGUUAUUUGGGGAAGGUCUUUUGUCUAGAGUCCCAAUGAAGUGAUGCCAGAUAUUAUUUAUAUAGUGAAAGAAUUCGCCUGUCUCCCCCCUUUUUUUAACAAAAAAAAAAAAAUCACAGAAAUUUCAUGGUUUUUUUUCCUAACUACUUUGUAACUGUAUGACUUAACAGGUUGAUAAAAGCAGUUAUUAAAAGUUCAUCUUUUUCAAACCUA